AUGAAAACCCGCGGCCUUACGGUUGCGGGGCUGGCGAUCGUCGCGGCGACCUAUGGCCUGGCCAGGUACUGCUUCGGCUUGUUUCUUCCCGAGUUCCGCCAGGAAUUCAAUCUGUCGACUGAAACCAUCGGCCUCAUUGCAGGGCUGUCCUAUGCCGGCUACCUCAUGGCAACCUUUCUCGGGUCCGGCCUGUCGACCCUGUUCGGCCCGAGAUUGCCAAUCAUGCUUGGCGGUCUGGCCGCCGCGUCCGGAAUGGCGACGAUCGCCGUGGCCCCGGAUGCCGUGACACUCGCCUUCGGCGUGUUUCUUGCCGGCACGAGUCCGGGACUGGCAUAUCCGCCGUUCUCCGACGUGAUUGUCAGGCACACCGAACCAAGCCGCCAGAACACAAUUUAUGCCUGGAUCAAUUCCGGUACGGGGUUCGGCGUCGCCUUUGCCGGCCCGCUGGCAUUGUUUGCCGGCGAGGACUGGCGCCUGGCAUGGCUCCUGUUCGCGGGUCUGGCACUCGCGAUAACGAUUUGCAAUUUCUGGACGCUGCCGCGGCACAGUCCGAGGAUCGCCAAUGCCCGCGCGGCAAUUUCCCCGCGUUUUCUUUUGCAGAGCGCUGCCAGGCCGCUCUUUGUUGCCGCAUUCCUGUUCGGCAUAUUCUCCGCGGUCUACUGGACAUAUGCCGUUGAGCUCCUGUGGGAGCUUUCCGGCAAUUCGAGGGACGCCAUCGUUUUCUGGAUUGUUCUUGGCAUGGCGGGCGUUACCGGCUGUUUCGCGGGAGGUCUGGUGAACCGCUGGGGACUGCGACAGACGUAUCGCGUCCUGGCGCUGAUCGUCGGCGCUGCCGUUGCGACCUUGCCGUUCCUGAUCGGCGUCCGGCACGGGAUUUACUUUUCUGCCGCGUUUUUCGGAUCCGGUUUUAUCGUGAUGACGGCCCUCUUCGGAAUGUGGAGCAUGCGGAUUUUCAGGGACGCUCCCUCGAUCGGGUUCGGACUGACCUUUUUCCUGAUUUCCCUCGGCCAGGGUGUGGGCCCUGUAGCCGGCGGGUUCGCAAUACCCCUGUUGGGUCACUCGAUGCUGUUCGUCGUGUCGGGCCUGAUGUGCUGCGCUCUUGCGUUGAUCAGGCCCAGAGAACGAGAAGUUGCAGCCGGGAACGCAUAA